AUGUGUAACUCGCGCAAAUAUCGUCCAGAGAGCCCGAUCAAAGUCGACCCCACCGUCGAGGUUCCAUCGCCACAACCACCUACAUAUGUUUCACCAGCCACCGAAAUGGAACGACACAUCAGUGCUUUAGAAGCACUAUUAUCUGUAUUUCCGGAUGUUGUAACACCCGAGAUGCGAGCCCGUCUGCAAACAUUAGCUGACCGGAUGGCUCAGAAACGGCCAUCAUCACCACCAUGUUCAUAA